CCAACAUGGAAGCGCGCUUGCUCCGGAAGUAGAAUCCUGUUUACAGUUGCUGUGGAAAUACAAUAUGGCAGACUACGCGAUCCACAGUUAAUUAAUGAGUCGAAUUAGUUAUUGAUGAAAGGAAUCUUCAACGAGGUAUUUAAAGAAAGAUAACAGUAAUCUCAAUCUUCAGUCACUGUCUUUUGUUUGAUGAUGAGUGAAUGGCACCAAAAUAUGCUGCACCUGUGCAGUCAGGUGCUGGCCACUUACGAUGCCAACACCAGGUCUCUGGAAGAGCAUGUUACUCACUUUCUACAUACCCAAAAGAAUGAGGAUGAAUCUGACAGGACAUUUAUUACAGAGGCCUUCUCUGGAUGCAUUAGAUAUGCAGCAGCCAUAUCUAUUGUCUUGGAAGGAUUUUACAAUAGAGAUGGACAAAACACACUCCGCUCAGAACAAAGCAUUUAUCAUGAGUGUUAUGAGUACGCUGCUUAUAAGUUGCUGUGCUAUCUAACAAUGUUUCGGGUGAAAGAGCUGGGAAUACUCCACUAUCGGAAAUUUGUGGAUUGUUUCGACACCAGAAAAGCGUAUAAGUUCCUGAAUUUUUUCCUUCAAGAGAAGAACCUAGUGACUUGGAUUAAGGAUGGCUGGAACACCAUUUAUGACGCCAUCUUUGUGGAGAACCAACUGUUGUCGCCGCUCCUAGAAUUGCUUCCGGAUCUACAAAAAAUAACAGAGCAUUUAAAACUGAAAUUAGACAACAAGAUCAAACCAAGAAAAGAAGUGAUUCCCACUACAGUAUGGCGUUUCAUUAAUAAAAAUUGGGAGGGUAUAGUCACUGUAACAGAAAACCUCUCAAGUCUUUUGAUAGUUACAGUGCGACAUGACAGUUUCUGUGGUUCGUGGUGGUGGUUGGGUAGUGGAGAGGGUCGAAUGUCAAAGAGGAGAGAAUAUGCCCAGUUUAUUGACAAAGAAGGAGAUUAUGAAGUGAAGCCAUUCAGCAUCACCAAGCCCAGACCGCGCAGCGUUCCUGUGCCGGAGCCGAUUCCUAGACUGCAGAAACACAAUCCAGUGCCUCAGUCUUUGUAUAAAGCACAUUCUGACCAGGCUGUCAUUGCCAAAAAGAAGGAAGAAAACCGACGCAAAGCAGAGGAGAUUCUCAUGGAGGCAUCACGGAAACAGUUUACCUGUGCCAAUCCUGAGAAGUCAGGAAAGACAAUGGAGGUUCUAAAAGAUAUAAUUUCAGAACAAGACUCCAAACUGGACUUUGAAAAACAUCGAGCACGGCCUUUGCCAUCUUUUCUGGAAAUUUCCAUCAAGAUGAAUACAGCAGCUAUACUGCGGGAGGGACAGCUGUAUCAAAAACUAGAGGAAGAGGAACUGAAAAAGAUAGUCACAUUAGAAGCUGGAACACGCAACAGCCAUGAAUUUGAAGAGUGGCAAAGCAGCAUGCGCAAGAAAGAUAUAGAAGCAAAGCUGGCAGAGGUGGAGCGGCGCAGACUUCUUGGAAAACUUAGCUAUGAAGAUGCCAUUUUAGCCCGCCAAAACUUUAUGCAGGAGAAUCGUGCCAAGGUGGCCCAGAUGAAAAAAGAGGCAGAAGCACUAAUGCAGGAGUAUUUGGAGCAGAAAUUGAAAGAAGAGCAGAGUAUCAGAAAUUUGAAGAUUGAAACACUUCAGGGACACCGAAAUGCAAAGGACAGCCAGAAACGACUACAGGAAUCUAAAAGAAGAAUAGUGCAGCAGAUGAGUGCAGAAAACCAGGAAUUGAUGAGAAAAGCCUAGAAGAGUCAUCUUCUGUUUCAGGCUGAGGCAGACAUGAAGCGCAAGCUGGAGCUCAUCUACCAGAUCAGAGCUGUUGAAAUAGCUCCAGCUCCACGCCGCAAAAUGCUAGAUCUGACAUCUACAGCUGGUGCCAGGCUUUUAAGUGAAAUGUCCAUUGCUGAACUGAGGGAACGUCUUGCCCUGCUGAAGGUGUCCCAGAAAGAAAUAGAAGAGAAGAAGGAUGAAAUUCUGGAGGCUAAGCAGGCCAAGGACCAGCAGCUGAUUGAGACUUUGGAGUGCAUUUCCAAACACCGUCUAGAACAGACUCGCUCUGCAGCACUCAGGUUGGAAGAGCACAAAAAGCAAAAACCCGAACAGAUGUUGCCAGAUUCUGAACCACUGAAAGAUCUGAAGAAGCAAGUUGAGGAAAGGAGAUGUGCUAGACUGAAAGUAAAAGAACAGUCUAAAAUGCAAACAAGCCCAACAUCUUCAGCACAUUAUGUCAGCCUCAUGAACCAGAAGAAAGCAUUAGAAGCUAGUCGCUGGCAUGAACUGGAGCGAACAAGAGAACGUGCUGCUCGUUUAACAGCAGGAGAUGGCCAGUACAGCAAGACUCUUCAACAUCUCACAUCUUUAAGUGUCAUGCCACUAUCAUGAUAGAUCAUUACUUCAUGCAUCCUCAUGACAAUGUCAAUCUGCUAAAUGCAGAAAUCU